CUUCCUUUUUAAACCCACCAAGUCUCUCUCUCCCUGUGUGUUGUAGGUGAAGAAAACAGAGUGCUACUGAGACUGAAGAAAUGGAAUCAGAUUAUGGAGUUCCAAGAGAGCUUUCUCAUCUCCAGAAAACUCGAUCUCUUUACCAACCACAACUUCCCCCUUGCCUCCAGGGAACUACUGUCCGAGUAGAAUUCGGGGAUGGGACUACUGUGGCAGAUUCCUCUGGUGCCCAUGCUAUCAGUCAAUCAUUUCCUCACACAUAUGGCCAGCGUUUGGUUCAUUUUCUUAGGGCAGCUGCCAAAGUCCCUGGCGCCCAGAUUAUUAGCGUGCAUCCCGCAAUGAGGGUUGGACUGGUUUUCUGUGGUAGACAGUCUCCUGGAGGGCACAAUGUUGUUUGGGGUCUUUGUGAAGCUCUUAAAAUUCACAACCCUAAAAGUACUUUGCUCGGGUUUCUGGGUGGUUCUGAAGGUUUAUUUGCUCAAAGAACUCUUGAGAUCACAGAUGAUGUUCUUGCGACCUACAAAAAUCAAGGUGGUUAUGAUCUGCUGGGACGGACACAGGAUCAAAUAAGAACAACAGAACAAGUCAAUGCUGCAAUGGAUGCAUGUAAGGCUUUGAAGUUGGAUGGACUUGUCAUCAUUGGAGGGGUAACAUCAAACACAGAUGCUGCUCAGCUUGCCGAGACUUUUGCUGAAGCAAAAUGCUCUACGAAGGUCAUUGGCGUACCUGUGACUUUGAAUGGCGAUCUCAAGAAUCAGUUUGUUGAAGCAAAUGUUGGUUUUGAUACAAUUUGUAAGGUUAACUCCCAGCUUAUCAGCAACGUUUGCACAGAUGCUCUUUCAGCAGAGAAGUACUACUAUUUUAUCCGACUCAUGGGUCGGAAGGCAUCUCAUGUGGCCUUGGAAUGCACUCUGCAGUCACAUCCAAACAUGGUUAUUAUUGGUGAAGAGGUCGCUGCUUCAAAACUUACCAUCUUUGACUUGACGAAACAGAUUUGUGAUGCCAUCCAAGCAAGGGCAGAACAAGAAAAGUACCAUGGUGUUAUCCUACUUCCAGAAGGGCUUAUAGAAAGCAUCCCGGAGAUUUAUGCACUUUUGCAGGAAAUCCAUAGUCUUCUCCGACAAGGUGUUUCUGUUGAUAAAAUAUCAACACAACUGUCACCAUGGGCAUCUGCCUUAUUUGAAUUUUUACCACCCUUUAUUAGAAAACAGCUUCUCCUUCAUCCUGAAUCUGAUGACUCAGCCCAGUUGUCUCAGAUUGAAACAGAAAAGCUUCUUGCUGAACUUGUGGAGGCAGAAAUGAACAAGCGACAGAAAGAAGGAUCAUACAAAGGGAAGAAAUUUAAUGCCAUCUGCCACUUUUUUGGUUAUCAAGCUCGAGGUUCUUUGCCAUCAAAAUUUGAUUGUGACUAUGCCUAUGUUCUUGGACAUAUUUGUUACCAUAUUCUGGCAGCUGGUCUGAAUGGUUAUAUGGCCACUGUAACGAACCUCAAGAAUCCUUGUAACAAGUGGCGCUGUGGUGCUGCUCCAAUAACGGCUAUGUUGAGUGUGAAGCAUGAUGGUGGUGGUUCUCGGGCAAUGGCAAUUGGGAAACCUCUUGUUCAUCCUGCUACUGUGGAUUUGAGAGGCAAAGUAUAUGAGCUGCUGAGACAAAAUGCCAGAAAAUUCUUGUUGGAAGAUGUAUACAGAAACCCAGGACCCCUACAAUUUGAAGGUCCAGGUGCUGAUUCUCGGGCUGUGAGUUUGUGCGUUGAGGACCUUGAUUAUAUGGGGCGUAUUAAAGAAUUGAACGAAUAUCUUGAGAAGGUACGAAGUAUUGUGAAACCAGGUUGUAGUCAGGAUGUUCUGAAAGCAGCUUUGAGCGCCAUGUCUUCGGUCACGGAUAUUCUGUCGGUCAUGUCCUCCCCUUCUAAAAGCGGAAGUGCUGCUUAGCUGCUAGUCAUUUAAAUGUGUGUUGCUUAUAGUUUAUGUUUGGGUUUCUGGUGGGUUGGUUGUUUAGACAUGUGAUUUUUCUUGCUCAUUGUUUGAAAAUGCAUGCGUGCUUCAAUUGUUGUUUUUAACAUUCCUAUUCUUCAUCAUCAUCAUAAUUGCAUUCUCUAUGUAUAAACUUAUAAAACAACAUUCCUAUUCU